AUGUAUGAGGAAAAGAAAGAAAGCAGCAGCAGGCAGUGAGUGGUCCUCUUUAAUCAGCGGCUGUGGGGAGGCGGGUCGAGGUGCUGACUGUAAUGUGAUAGCUGCUCCGCUCUAACGUUAUUACAUACACAUGCUGGCUGCCUGCGCUCUCGCUGCUGGAACACGGAGCCUUCAAAACUCAAGCCAGAAUAGUCCGAUCAGAGCAGAGGGAAGGAGCUGUGUGCCUGGACUAGCGGAGAGAGAACGGAGUGUUACCGAUAGAUUAUAGAGCUCUGGGUAAUAACGGCAAUACGGACCGUUUUGGUUUGCAUUCUAUGAAAGAUCGUUUUUACCGACGAGCCUUGGACAGUUGGACUAUUUCGUUAAGAUUUGUGUUUUUUUUGUGUGUGUGAUUUUUUGUUUUUUUUUGACAAGUAAAUGCGCUGGAGGGAGAAAGUCAAAGGAAAUACAAAACAAAUAUCUUCUCACUGGUUUGGAGGCAACCAAAACACUCACUUCAGAUAUCUGCUAGAGAAAGCAGCAAUUCCGUGGACUAAAAACCGCUACGGACUUCUGAAUGAUUUCAUACAGAUUUUUUAAUUUUCCAUAAUUUCUUUGUAAUAGAAUAUUAUCUGGAUGGAAUUGAUGUUUUAUUAUUAUUUUCUCUCGUUAUUUUGAACGCCGCAGUGGCCAGAAUGGGUUUGAAUCUUUUAAAUGAUUGAAUUGAAAUAACGGGGCAGAAAAUAUUAUUCAUUUAAAAAAAGAAGAAACUAAAGAAGUGUUAAGCGGGUGGGAAUUGAUAUCACCGUUGUGUUGAACACCGAACCACAGACCAACGUCUUCCCGGUGGAGACGCGUGUUACCGUGACCGGAGAAAACAGUUUGCACGAGGAAGAAGACUUUCACGGCGAGUUCUUGUCUCCGGGAUUGGGAAGGGUGAAACUUAACCUCGGAAAAUGGAUAUAUUACCGUGGCUCUGUGGAUGUUUACUGGCCGUUUGUUUACCACAAAUAGUUAUCGGUGAAGAAGGUGAGGCGUGUGGCGGACAUUUUGAUGCCAGCAACGCCGGGUACAUCACCACCCCAGGGUACCCUCUGGAGUACCCCCCUCAUCAGAGCUGUCGCUGGGUCGUCACCGCCCCAGAACCUUCCCAGCGUAUUGUCCUCAACUUCAACCCCCACUUUGAACUGGAGAAACUGGACUGCAGAUAUGACUUCAUAGAGAUCCGUGAUGGAAACAGUGAGAACGGAGAUCUGUUGGGUAAACACUGCAGCAACAUCGCCCCUCCAGCCAUCAUCUCCUCCGGCCCCGUGCUCCACAUCAAGUUUGUCUCUGACUACGCUCACCAGGGAGCUGGUUUUUCACUGCGCUAUGAGAUCUUCAAAACGGGUUCAGACUGCUCCCGUAACUUCACCAGUCAGAACGGGAUCAUUGAGUCUCCGGGGUUCCCUGAUAAAUACCCUCAUAACCUGGAGUGUUCCUUUAUUAUCAUCGUGCCCCCGGCCAUGGACGUGGCCCUGACCUUCCUGACCUUUGACCUGGAGAACGACCCCCUCCCCGGGGGAGAGGGAGACUGCAAGUACGACUGGUUGGAGGUCUGGGACGGUCUGCCACAGGUGGGGCCUCUGAUAGGACGUUACUGUGGAACUAAGAUCCCUCCUGAAAUCACAUCAUCUACAGGUAUCCUGUCUCUGUCCUUCCACACGGACAUGGCCGUGGCCAAAGAUGGCUUCUCUGCUCGCUACAACAUGACACACAAAGAAGUCAGCGACACCUUCCAUUGCAGUAACGCGUUAGGUCUGGAGUCAGGGAAGAUCUCUGACGACCAGAUCACUGCCUCCUCUUCCUUCUAUGACAACACAUGGUUGCCACGGCAGGCCCGCCUUAACAACGGCAACAACGCGUGGACACCCAACGAGGACAGCAGCAAGGAGUACAUCCAGGUGGAUCUCCAUGUCCUGAAGGUGUUGACGGGUAUCUCUACCCAGGGAGCGGUGUCCAAGGAGACCCAGAAGUCCUACUAUGUCACCACCUUUAAGCUGGAGGUCAGCACCAACGGAGAGGACUGGAUGGUCUACCGAUACGGCAAGAACCACAAGAUUUUCAAUGCCAACACAGACUCUACUGAGGUGGUUCUGAACCGGGUCCCCCAGCCUGUUCUGGCCCGCUUCGUACGCAUCAGACCCCAGGCCUGGAAGACAGGCAUCGCCCUGCGCUUCGAACUCUACGGGUGCCAGAUCACUGACGCUCCAUGUUCUGAGAUGCAGGGGAUGCUGUCCGGCCUGCUGCCCGACUCCCAGAUCACAGCGUCAUCCCUGAGGGAUAUCCACGGCUCCAUGGGGACGGCCAGGCUGGUAGCCAGCAGGUCAGGAUGGUUCCCCAGCCCAACACAGCCUCUGGCCGGGGAGGAGUGGCUCCAGGUGGACUUGGGGGUCCCUAAGACAGUACGAGGCGUCAUCACUCAGGGGGCGAGGAGCGUGGAGGGGAGUACGUCAGCUGAGAACAGGGCCUUCGUCAGGAAGUACCGCGUGUCUCACAGCCUGACGGGCAAGGACUGGACUUUUAUACUGGACAGAAAGACCAGCCAUCCUAAGAUCUUCGAGGGCAACACGCACUACGACACUCCAGAGAUCCGUCGGUUUGAGGAGAUCCCGGCUCAGUUCAUCAGGAUCUACCCAGAGAGGUGGUCUCCUGUCGGGAUAGGGAUGAGGCUGGAGGUGCUGGGAUGUGAACUGCCAGAAAUGACUACACUCCCUGACACUGCCACAACCCCACUGCCUAGACUAGAGGAGACCACCGCUGCCUCGAGAGGACCAGGCACUACUGUGUGGUCUCUGGGCGGUCUGUGUGACUUUGAGUCCAGUCUGUGUGGCUGGAUCCCAGACAGCAUGUCAGAGCUGAGCUGGUCUCUCCACAGCGGCAGCCUCUCGUCUGGUCUAACACCCAGUCUGGAUCUACCUCUCUCUCUGCCCAAAGACGAUGUGGGUAACUUCCUCCACAUCGAGGCCAGCCCCAGGACAGAAAGGCAGCGAGCCCGUCUGGUAAGCCCCGCUGUGGGGCCUGAGAGAGGGCCGCUGUGCCUGCUCUUCAACUACCAGCUCCAGGGGCCCGAGAACCAGGGCCUGGGGUCCCUCAGGAUCCUCAUCAGAGACAACGACCGGGAGGAGACUCUGCUCUGGGCCCUCAGAGGAGACCAGGGGUCCGUGUGGAAGGAGGGUCGCACCAUCCUGCCCCAGUCACCCAAAGAGUACCAGGUGGUGAUUGAGGGCUUCUUUGAGCACAGCAACCGAGGACACAUCUGGAUCGACAACAUCCACAUGAGCUCCAGUACUGAGCUGGAACAGUGCACCCAACCCUUCGCUGCAUUCCCUCCUGACAUGACUGACCGGAGGCCUAUUGACUCUGGAAAUAAACCACUUUACAACGGCAGAGAACGAAUGAAUGGAGGUUUCCCGUUCCCAGAGUGGAGUACCCCUGGCCCGUCCAUGGACCCCCCUGUGACACAUGUCCCUGAGAAGGACAACUCGUGGCUGUACACCCUGGAUCCUAUCCUGGUCACCAUCAUCGUCAUGUCUUCCCUGGGCGUACUGCUGGGGGCGGUGUGUGGCGGCCUGCUGCUCUACUGCACCUGCUUCUACAGCGGCCUGUCGUCACGGAGCUCCACCACAUUGGAGAACUACAACUUUGAGCUGUACGACGGGAUCAAACACAAGGUGAAGAUCAACCAGCAACGGUGUUGCUCCGAGGCCUAGGGCUGUUUAAGGCGCUGGGAGGUCUUGUGCUUCAAGCCCUAAGGCUUUCCCAACUCAAGGACCUGUGCUUAACUCAAAGCGUUGACGAACAGAGAGAGACAGCGACACACGCUAAACCCUUUUUUCCCCUCCUCUCGGGGGGUCUCUUCUCUGCCUGCAGGAGAGACCCUGAUCAAUCAAAGCUCGUGAAUGAACCACACUUACCUGCCAUGAUGCCACACGUACUGGCCACUGGAUCACAGCAGUCUGGGCCUGGACCAGAACCCCUUACUGUCAGUCUGGGGUUGCACCCUAAACCCUUACGGCAGCAGACUGGGACUGGACCCAAAAACCCGUCUAGGACCGAACCUCUCAGAGCUGUCAUGUAGCCAGUGGACCAUUCAGUGGGUGCUGAACAAUAUCAAAACAUAUCAAUCUAAUGCCUAUCCCCAAAAAAAAGAUGAAAAGAAAAUGAAUCUAGAUUUGUAAAGAAGAAGAAGACAUUUUGUUGUUUGUUUUUUUUUUGGUUAUGAUGGACGUUAGAAUAUGAGUGGAUUUAUUGCCAGGAAGGUUUUUUAGAAUGUGAUUCUAGCUUGUAAGACAGCUCUCGGCUUGCUCCGCUUGCCUGCAUUAUGUGAAAACAGUGGCAUAGAGUAUCGUGGACAGUUUUUUAAGUUCAGUUGAAGAACAUGUGUCUUUAUUAUGAUCAGCUUCAGUUGUAUCCCUCGUUCUCAUUUUUAGACUUCAGUGUGUCAAUAGUUGAAAUAUUUUUUUUUUUUUUUUUUUUUUUUGUUUUUGCCUUUCGCCUCAGUUCAGUUGAGUUCAGUUCAUCUGCUAUGGCGUGUGAUGUUUCUGUUUUUCCAGACUGUUACCAGCCUUUAAAAAGGAAGACGAAGAGAAAGAAUGAAAAGAAAACGUUAUCUUAACAUGACAUGAGACGUAUUGUUCGUUAAGUUACUUAAAGUUGGAUGGAGUAUUAUGAUUGUCUCUUGCUUUUUUUUGCCUGUGUGAUGAUCUAUAACACAUGGUGUGAUGCGCUGUGUGAAACAUUGUGAUUGUUUUAUUGCACCCUAUGGAUUGCUGAGAGAGAGAGAGAGACAGCUAUAGUUCACAGAGAUCAGGAGUGUGAGAAGAGAAAUAACUCUCACCAGCAGAGAGAGAGAGAGAGAGACAGAGAGAGAGAGAGAGAGAGACAGAAAGAGAGACAGAGAGAGAGACAGAGAGACAGAAAGAGAGACAGAGACAGAGAGAGAGACAGAGAGACAG